AAAUGGUGGGUUAGUGCCUUGAACUCAAAUCCUCAGCCAUGCAGUUUAAGGAAACACCUAAAACAGAACCAAAAUCAAAACAAAAUAAAAAGGCAGAGAGAGAGAGAGAGAGAGAGAGAGAGAAGAACAAGAGAUGGAAGAAGAGAGGAGGAGGAGGAGGAGAGAGCAGAAAAAAAAAUUAACAACAAUGUCAGAAUCUGCAUCAAUGCCAUCAGCAGUAUGAAUAUGAAAUAUAUUAUCCCUCAGAUCUCAUCUGACAAUUAUCUGAUAGAUCUUCUUCCUGCCCCCAAGAGACAACCAAACCAGACAGAAGAACACAAUUUCACUUCUCCCCUCUUCUUAUCCAUUGAUCUCUCAUCUCUGUCUCUGUCUCUGUCUCUGUCUCUGUCCAUCACUCUCCCUCCUGUCUGAUCCCAUAUCGUGUUUCUGUGCUUUUGUUUAAAUUUACUCUUUGUACAGCUAAGUUCUGUGCAUGAAACAUGCCAUAGUUCAGCCUCUGGAUCAAGUUCCCAACCCAGGUUCAAGGUACUCAGAAACAGGGACCAGCAAGCCAAACAAAGAAACAAACACCCCUCUUCUUCAUUCUCUGACUCUAAAUACACAUUAUAAAAUACAAGUUGAAAAAAAGCAACCCUUUUUUUAAAAAAAAAUUCCUGGGGUGCAGGGAUUUGUUUGGUUUCUUGUCUGAGAGAGGAGAGGACACAUUUUCCUUUUGAUUUGGCCCAUACCCUUUUGGUCCCUCCUCCAUCUUGCACCAAUUUAAUGGUGUCUGGUCUCAGUGGGCAUCAUAUAUAUACAGUCACCCCAAGCUUGCUUCUUGAUUUCAAGCACAAGAAGAAGAAGAAGGAGAAGAGGUUGGACCUGAGAUUGGGUCUGAGUCUGAUUCCCAUUGGGUGGUUGAACCAUAUUAUAUUCUUUGCAGGCUCAUUUGGUUGAUCUUGUCUUUAUUUAGAUAGUUACAUCACGUACAAAUACAUCCACGCUUAAGCACACACGUAGUUGCUAGCUCGAGUAUAUCGUUUGUCAUCUUCUCUAUUAGCUCGAGAGAUGGUUAAACCGUGCUGGAGACCCUCGGUGGAAGGGGAUGGAGGGACCUGCCGGAGGGGAAACUGGGGCAGGAAGGUUGAUGGGCUGUUGUGGUGCCGGGAUUCGGGGCAGCACUCUUGCGGGGAGUUCUCGAUGGCAGUGGUUCAGGCGAACAACCUGUUGGAGGACCAGUGCCAGAUCGAGUCGGGGCCAUUGAGCUUCAACGGAGCGUGCCCGCUCGGCACGUUCGUCGGCGUUUACGACGGGCAUGGUGGGCCUGAGACUUCCCGGUUCAUUAACAGCAGCCUCUUCUGCAAUAUCAAGAAGUUCACGUCAGAUAAUAGAGAGAUGUCUGCAAACGUGAUCAAGAAGGUCUUCUCUGCCACCGAGGAAGAUUUCCUCGCUCUCGUGAAGAAGCAGUGGCAAGAACAACCACAGAUUGCAUCAGUCGGCUCGUGCUGCUUGGUUGGAGUCAUAACCAAUGGGCUUCUCUACGUCGGGAAUGCGGGAGAUUCAAGAGCAGUGCUUGGGAGAUCAGAGAGGAGCACAAAAAGGAUCACACCCGUUCAAUUAUCUACGGAGCACAAUGCAAAUAUAGAAUCUGUGAGAGAAGAGCUCCGGUCUCAGCAUCCCGAUGAUCCAAACAUAGUCGUGAUGAAGCACCGAGUUUGGCGAGUUAAGGGCCUCAUCCAGGUUUCGAGAUCCAUCGGUGAUGCAUACCUGAAGAGAGCGGAGUUCAACAGAGAGCCCCUACUGGCUAAGUUUAGGCUCCCCGAGACAUUUGAGAAGCCCAUCUUAAGCGCAGAACCAUCCGUGCACGUACACAGACUCCAGCAAGAAGAUCAGUUCGUUAUCUUUGCAUCAGACGGCCUGUGGGAGCAUCUCAGCAACCAAGAGGCCGUAGAUAUCGUCGAUAACAAUCCCCGGAAUGGGAUUGCAAGAAGGCUUGUCAAAGCAGCCAUGAAAGUGGCUGCCAAGAAGAGGGAAAUGAGGUACUCGGACCUGAAGAAGAUUGACAGAGGAGUUAGAAGACACUUCCACGACGACAUUACCGUGAUCGUUCUAUUCCUCGAUAUGAAAUCCUCAAACCACAGGACCUCACCCCUGUCCAUAAAAGGACCCCGAUGAGUCUCCCUCCUUCCCACUCCGUGAGAUUAGGGACAUAAAACUCAUUAAGUCAAAGUCCCAAACCUCACUAAGUCGAAAUCUGAGAUAGGCAAAGAACUAAGCGGAAACAGCGCCCCAAGAGUCUCACCAGAUGUAACUGGGGGAAGACCAAAGCAUUUAUGAAGGGGCUUAGCCACUUCUGCUAGCUGAUUCGAAGAUAAUAGUCAUUGCUCCAUUGGAAGGGUACAAUUGACUUCAA